AUGUCUAUCGACCGUUUGCCACUCGAUAUACCAAUCCCGCUUCUCUUGCUCGCCUUUCUAGUUGCCUUUGGUUUUGCGAAUGGUUUGACGAAACGCAAGGUUCUCCUACCCCCCGGCCCUCGAGCUGUACCUAUAUUAGGAAACAUACUCGGUUUCGACACCAACAGCCCCUGGAUUACUUACAUGGAAUGGGCAACAGUUCACGGUGACCUAGUCUACUCUCGCCUACUGAAUCAGGAGAUAAUCACUAUCAACUCUGAAAAAGUAGCCAAGGACCUCCUCGAACGUCGUUCCAAUAUCUACUCUGACAGGCCACAGUAUAUCACAAAUGACAUGUGUGGAUGGGGGUUUAGUUCAAUAUUUCUCAAUCAUGGCAAUACCUGGCGUUUACAUAGGAGAAUGUUCCAACAGGCACUUCGAGCGGAUGCGGCUAUGACGUAUCGACCUGUCCAGAUACGCAAAGUACAUCAGCUACUGGUCAAUUUUCUUGAAACACCCGAAGAAUAUUCUGAACAUAUACAAACACUGGCUGCGUCUGUCGUCAUGGAAGUGACAUAUGGUUAUGACUCGGCGCCCCGCCAUGACGCUUUGGUUGAGGCCGUGGAACGCUCAACGAAUAUACUUGCCAAGGCACUAAGUCCCGAGGGAGCGGCGAUCCUCGGCGCAUUACCAUUUUUGCGACACAUCCCUGCCUGGUUUCCUGGAGCAAGUUUCAAGCGUCUUACGCUUGAGUGUCAACAGCUGACUGUAGGGGUGGUCGAAAUUCCCUUCCAGUACACAAAGCAGAGCAUGGCUGCAGGCACAGCAAAGCUGUCGAUGGUAUCCGACUUACUGAGUCGGACGGAGCAAGGGGACUGUCAUCGAGAACUUGCAAUCAAACAUGCUUCUGCCAGCGCGUUCGCUGCUGCAUCAGAGACUUCCUCUUCGACACUCAACGUUUUCAUGCUUGCGAUGUUCCUUCACCCUGAUGUACAACGCAAGGCACAACUAGAGAUCGACUCCAUCAUAGGUCGAGACAGGCUUCCAGACUUCAGUGAUAGGCCAUCAUUGCCUUACGUUGAAGCAGUUUUUCGUGAGACGCUCAGGUGGCGCCCUGUAGCCCCCCUUGGAAUUCCACAUGCUACUAAACACGACGAUCAUUUCGAGGGAUAUUUCAUACCCAAAGGAGCAGUUGUGAUACCAAACAUAUGGGCGAUGGCACACAAUGAAGACAAGUAUCCAGACUCCAAUAAUUUCAAGCCCGAACGUUUCUUUACCCCUGAUGGAAAGUUGAAUAACGACAAUGUUGGCUUUAUCUUUGGAUUUGGAAGGCGAGUUUGCGUAGGCCGUCACAUCGCUGAUGCAACGUUGUGGGCCAGUUUUGUGUCUAUAUUAGCCACGUUCAGCAUCACAAAAGCCAAAGAUAGACAAGGCAAUGAAAUCGAAGUGACACCGAAAUGGACAGUUGGAAUAACUACCCACCCACUCCCGUAUCCGUGUCGCAUUGACAUUCGGCCAGGGAUGAGCCCCGAGAAGCUGUUGCAGAUGAUUGAUUCCCAUACGUGA